CACACCUCUCUUUAAAUAUCCCCCACCAACUAUAAUUAUGCCCAUACUAAUCAAAUAAACAAACAAAAGAGGAUAUAUAGAUUUGGUUUUAGUUUCCCAGCUUGGAACAAAGGACUUUGAUGGGUGAGUGCAUAGUGGAUUUUGAAGACAACUGUGGCCUCCAAGCAGUAGUUCAUCAUCAGCCAUCAAUGGAUAUGAAUCCAGCACCAAAUCAUUUCUUCUUCACUCCCCAAUCUUACAACUUGUUUGGUGAUUCCUUUGUGGAAUCCAGAAAUGAUGCAUUAUUAGAGGAGCUUUACAAGCCCUUUUACCAGCUGCCUGGUCCAUCAUCAUCAUCAUCCCCUCCUUUCUCCAAUAAAGUCAUGCAACAACAAGAUGUAGCAGUUGUUGAUCUUGAGAUGAAGGGGUUUUCGGGUGAAGCUUCGCCGCCAUCGUCUGUCUUGGAGAGUACUUCAAAACUUGCACCCAAGCACAAAACAAGGAAGAAUGGGCAUAAAAGAGUGGUGAUUCAAGUAGGAGCUGAGGAGCUUUCUAAAGAUGAUAAGUGGGCUUGGCGAAAAUACGGGCAGAAACCGAUUAAAGGCUCACCCUAUCCUAGGUACUUAUCUCCCUCUUGAUGAGAAAAUUACUUCCUCCCUCCAUAAAUUAAUUUUCUAGUUUAUCUUUACGCGUUUUUAGAUAUGAAAAAUUAUAAGUUUACUUUUCAAAAUUACCCUUAAUAUGGUAAAGGAAGUUAAUAUAGACCAAAUAAAAUAAAUGAGGUAAGUGAUUAGUAAAGUAGGGGCCCAAUCUUAUUUUUACAACAAAAUCUUACCAAAAUUAAAAAUAAAACAAAAUAUUAAAUUAAUUUGAGAAAAAAGUAUAGCAUACCAUAAUUAAAAAGAUUCCCUCUUUCACUCUUUCCUUAGCUAGACCUAUACUUUUUUUUAUCAUAAUAUAUGGUGAUGUCAUGCAUGGCAUACGCAUGCCGUGUGAGAGCUUCAGUUUAUACGCAUGUCAUGGUCUUAAUUGUCAUACUUUCCUCCCUUUCAAAAUGAUUUAUCCUUUUUUAUUAAGGGAAAAAUAAUUAAAAUAUCCCAAAUUUUGACGGAGUGUGAGGUUAGCACCCGAAACUUGCAUAUGUAAUUUAAAUAUCUCAAACUUUAUAUAAAAAGUUAUUUUAGCGCCAUAAUCUUGUAUUAUUUUUUUUCAAAAAUAUUAAUAAUUGGUGUUAAUUUCAUAACUUAAAAACAUUUUAGCAUUCAUGAAAAUAAAAUUAGCAUUCUAAACUUUCAUUGUAAAAUAUGGAGUAAUAGUAUUACCCCCCCCCCCCCCCCAACUCUAUAUAAAUGGAAUGUUUUCAAUUUGCUAUUUUAAAUUAUGCGAUUGACUCAUAAAAUUUUGAAAUGAUACAUGAUCAUGGUGUUAAAAUAACUUUUUACAUAAAGUUUGAGGUAUUUAAGUUAGAUAUGAAAGUUUAGGAUGUUUAUCUCAUACUCUUCAAAAUUUAGGGUAUUUUAAUUAUUUUUCCCUUUUAUUAACAUAGUUCUUUUUUCUUCUAUAUAUUUCGUAUCAACUUUUGGCAUACACUAAUUUCCCUUUUCCCUUUUGGCAUAUACCGUAAAAAGUUAUAUAAGAAAAAUGUUUUGAAAACUCUUUAUACCGGCUCACACAGAUGGAUCCUCUUGCCUAAGUCACUCAAGAAGAUCUAUUUCAAAUAAAUUGCCCAAAUAUGAGUAAAAUGAACAUGAAAUUCUGUAAUAGAUGUACUGUGUUUUCUCUUACGGAGUAGUAUAUAGGAGAAAAUAGAACUAAUUAUGACCAUUCUUGAAAAAAUGCUUCAGUUGUGGCAUGAACACUAUCGUAUUAAUUUUUGAUAAUUCCAAGAUAUGAUACUCCCUCCGUCCCAAAUUGUUUUGCAAAAUCAACAUUUUUUGGUCAAUUAACAAUAAAAGUCAGUCCUCACUAUCGAUAUUUAAUUCCAAUUUUAGUAAUUAAAAUUUACAUAUUCGGAAAUUACAUUAAAAUUUCUUCAAAGUUGUAUACUCCCAAUUAGAAUAUAAUUUAAAUUUGACAUCCUAAUUAAGCAAACAAAAUAAAACUGUUUGACCAAAAAAAGUCAAAUUUGCAAAUCAAUUCGGGACGGAGGUAGUAUUAUUUUUCAACAUGACACCAAUGCACUCCUAUUCGGAAAAAUAGUACUCCCAUUUUAAAAAUUCACAUAAAUUUUACUCGAUCAUAUUAAUAAAAUUUGCAUUUAUUUUAUCGUAAGUUAAUGUUAAAACGGAAAAUUAGAAAUCAUUUUGGGCCCAAGAAAUUUACUCUCUUUGCAUUUAUUUUCUUUAACUAAAAACCACUACUUUUUUCAUACUGUCAUGUUAUAUUAGUUCCUCCAUGCAUGGAUCAUAUUGAUAUGAGAUGCAAAACUAGAAACUUGAUUAGCUAGCUUUAUUUUUGGGCAUGUAUAUGCAGGAGCUAUUAUAGGUGCAGUAGUGCGAAAGGAUGUUUAGCGAGGAAGCAAGUGGAGAAAAGCAAUAGUAAGCCGGGGAUGUUCAUAGUCACCUACACGGCGGAGCACAGCCACAGCCACCCCACGCGGCGCAACUCCCUCGCCGGAACUAUGAGAAACAACAAGUUCAUCGCACCUGCCAGUGCUGCUGCUCCUACCUCCACUUCAAAACCGACUCCACAGCUUCUUGCGCAAAUAAUAUCGCAUCAUCAUCAGGGUAAAGAGCCAUCUUCUUCUUCUUCUUCUUCAUCGGAUCUAUCCCCGGCGUCCAGCAAGGAGGAAGCAAUAGUAACGUCGAUAAAAGAUGAGGAGAGAUUGGUAGAAAUAAGUGGUGAUAUGGCGCCGGAGAAGCAACCGGUAAUAAUGGAUGAUGGUGAAGAUUUCUUUGCAGGUUUAGAGGAUCUGGAAGGGCUAAUGUCACAGUUUUGUUAUUCUUCUUUGCCAAACUAUCCCUCCCGCAAUAAUCUCUAGUUAGCUACAUAUUAGCAUCUAUCAAUCUGUUACUUGGACAGUUAGCAUCACUGCAAGUAUGGUCAAUUAUAUCUUGAUCAUUCAGUUAUGUAAAUAUAUUGUUUCAGCUGAAUUCAGUAUAGAUAACCACGAAAUAGAAGUAAAGAA